AUGCAGUCUUUCUUUCGUUAUUUAUCGUGCAGCAGAAAAAUCGGUGAAGAUAGUUCAUAUGAUACUUUAUUAGAGAGUAAACUUAAACUGUUAUUAGAGAAUCCUUUACGGAUACUACGCUUAUCAAAUCGUAUUUCAUUAAAGUUAUUGGCGACUGGACAAACAUCAGUUACUCAUAACGAAGAACAAGAAGAGGAUAAAGAACCGCAGUAUUAUGAAAUAAUAUCAACAAAUAUUCGACGAUUACAUUCAACAACUCGUGAUUGGAAUUUAAUCAUCAACACAAAUAAACCGCAUCGAUCACGAUCUGAACCUAUUUGUACUCUACAUUUAGAAAUGAACUCAUUAAAAAUGAACGAUAAUCAAACAUUUAAUGCCGUCGCCAAGUCAAAACUAUCUACGCAGUAUCAACAAUACAAACAGUCUAUUUUCGAAUGGAAUCAACAAUAUAUAGAUCCUCUAAUGGAAAAAAUAAAAAAGGCUGAAUUACAAUGUGCGAAAGAGAUUGUUUAUGUCGAACAACUAUCAUGGUUAAAACUAUUUUGUAGAAAAUGUUGUACUGUUGAUGGUAACGAGCAAUUAUAUAAAAGUGAACUGAAAUAUUUCUGUCGAUUUAUAGUUCAUAGCAUACCAUUACUAAACUCACUGUUACUGUUCUUUCAACUGUUCUAUUUUGUCUAUAUUUGUCAACAAACACAUUGUCCAACAGCAUUUGGAAUGAAACAAAUCAUAAAACAACGAGCAAACGUCGAUACAUUCUAUGGGCGUAUCCCAAUGAUUAUUUAUUCUCAAACAUCAUUCGCACUAGGACUAGAAAUGAUUAAUUUACUCAAAAAAGGUGCUUUAUUCGGCCCCUGCUUUCUAUAUAAACAAAAAAUAGAAAAUUCACCUAUUGUUGGUUGUUGUAUUAAUAAACAAAAUAAAUAUUUAGCUUCAUUAACUGAAGCAGAAUGUUUCAAUCAAUCUUACAGUACUGGAUUAUGGAUCAAUAAACGUUGUUCAAUUCAAUUACCAUCAAUGCCAACUGUUCCAACGUCAACAAUACUAAAACCUUGUUGUAUAUCGUAUAAAGGUCUAUGCUAUGUUACAACACUUGAAUAUUGUUAUCUUCAUAAUGGAAUUUAUAUUGAUUCACACGAACAUUCAACGGACGUCAAUUGUUUUCAGUAUUUAUGUAAAUAUGAACUGCACAACAAUCAUGUACAACACGAUUUAGAUCGAUCAAGUACAUUUCAAAUUGGCAUGAAAAAUCGUAAAAGUUUUCCAUUUGAAUCAACAUUAUCAUCUCUACAUGUAGUUUGUUUCUAUGUCAUAACAUUAUAUGGUUCUUAUCUGUUUGCUGCAGCAAUUAAAUUUGAUGAACUCAUCUAUGGAACAUCUGGCUACAUCACGGCAAUGACAACAUUAAAUUUGUUUGAAUUGUUCGAAUUUUGGAAUUACACACAUCAACAAAAACCAACAAUAACAAAAGAUAUUCCAUUCAGCCAAAAACGUUUUAUUGUUAUUCUUGUUAAAAAUUUAUUAAUAUUCUUUAUCUUGUUUCUUCUCGGAUUAACAACAGCUUACAAUAAUUUUGUAAAUUUUGGUGGUAUUCUGUACGGUGGCUUUUCAUCAAUUAUUUUUGUACCCUACAUUACACUUGCUUGGAAACGAAUUGAUUCCUUUUCUGGGCCAGUUCCAAAACCCCGACAUGGACAUCGCGGUAUUGCUGUUAAAGAUUUAAUUAUUGUUUUUGGUGGUGGUAAUGAGGGAAUUGUAGAUGAUUUAAAUGUGUUUAAUUGCACAAAUAAUCAAUGGUUUCAACCUCCUACAAAAGGUGAUGUACCUACAGGUUGCGCUGCAUUUGGUUUUGCAACGGAUGGUGCCAAAGUAUUGGUUUUUGGCGGUAUGGUGGAGUAUGGAAAAUAUUCAUCUGAGUUGAUAGAAUUAAAUCCAGCUAAAUGGGAAUGGAAAAAAUUAAAGCCACGAGCACCAAGAAAUUCAACGGUACCUUGUGCGAGAUUAGGACACAGUUUGACAUUUGCCGAUGGAAAGUAUUAUUUAUUUGGUGGUCUGGCAAAUGACAGUAAAGAUCCCAAACAAAAUAUACCACGUUAUUUGAAUGAUUUAUAUUCAUUGGAAUGCAAAACAUCGAGUAGCGUAUGGGAUCAGCCAGUAGCACGUGGUACACCUCCCAUCGCACGUGAAUCUCAUACAUGUGUCUAUCAUCGUGGUCAGUUAGACUGCAGGCCAAAACUAAUUAUUUAUGGUGGAAUGAAUGGACAUCGACUCGGUGAUCUAUGGUGUUUUUAUCUAGAUUUUCCUCAAUGGACCCAAAUCACACCAUCUGGUAUCAUUCCUCAGCCGCGCAGUCUUCACACGUCCGUGGUUCUUAGCCAUCGAAUGUUUGUUUUUGGUGGAUGGGUACCGUUAGUUUCAUCAGAAGAUCGUUUUUCGAAUGAAAAAGAAUGGAAAUGUACAAAUACAUUGUCAGCAUAUAAUUUGGAAUCAAAUUCCUGGGAACUUCUCGGUCAAGAAUGUCUUGAUGAAAAUGUACCUCGUGCUAGAGCAGGUCAUUGUGCAGUAUCUGUAAACACAAGAAUGUACAUUUGGAGUGGCAGAGAUGGCUAUAGAAAAGCAUGGAAUAAUCAAGUUUGUUGUAAGGAUCUUUGGUGUUUAGAAACAGAAUAUCCAAAUGAGCCUGAAAAAGUGCAAUUAUUAAAAGCCGGUGUUGGUAAUUUAGAAGUGUGUUGGAAUUCAGUUCCUUCAGCUGAUUCCUAUAUUUUACAAAUUCAGCGCUUCGAUGCACCUCCUGAACACCCGGUAUCUAAUUCAUUAUAUGCAGCAAAAAGUCCACAGUCAGAACAGCAACCACCGAGUGCAUCAGCGUCUGGUACUUCGGAUUCAGAUGCUGUUGUUGACCAAUGUCUGUCACCAUCGAUUUUGAAUAAGCCAUCAGACUUGAUAACUGUUCCAAAUUCAUCACAAAUACCAUUAGUAUCAUCAAUUAGUACAGUCAAUGCACAAACGUUACCGACAUCAUCUGUUUCAUCGCAAUUAAUGACAAAUCCUAUUACCAGUACAUAUAACCCAUCUGUUGUUUUUCAAAUUCCGUCUGCUUCAAUGUCACAGAAUUCAAUAUCUGUACCAACAUCAUCUAUCACAAUGGUAUCAUUACCCUCUCCACAACAAUCAUCUUCUCCAUUGACAAAUACUAGUUCAUCGCCACAAUCAAAUCUCACGAAUUUUCGUUUAACCUCAACAGCUGCUUUUACGCCGGUCUCAACAACUGUUAGUCAUCCUGUUGUGCGACCAACUACAAAUAUCCAGUUUAUAAAUACAUCAUCUGCUACCAAUUCACCUCGUCCAAUUAUUUUUCAAAAAACACAAGCACAACAACCACAACUAUUAACCGUUGUUCCAGCGGGUGUUCGAUUACAGCAUUUGACGCCGACAAAUUUCACACCGGUACGAGCAUCAGCCAUUUCUCAGCCGACAACAAUCGUUCGCUUGCUACCUCCAACUCGACCUCAACAAUCACAAGUAAUUCAUUUGAAUGCGAUAUCAUCGAAUCAAAAACCAUUAGUCAUUAAAGCAAUAACUACACCCACAAAUUCUGCAACAGGCAAUGUUCGACAUACACCGAUUAAUAUUCAACAGCAACCAUUGUUAUUAACUACAACCCAAAAUAAACCCGGUACUGUUGGUAAUAAAAUAAUUAUGACAAAUAGUAACAAUACUGGGCAGACUAAUCAAGUAUUUAUUUUGAAUCAAAGUCCAAAUAUAAAUAAAUAUAGCAAUGUUACUUUUUCAUCUUCUCCUAAUAUCACAUUACCUAUUAAUUCGUUUGAUAUGAACGUUAGAACAAUAAAUAAUAAUUCAAAUGAAAUACCAACUGUUACCAACAACACAACACUUGAUAAUAGAACACAUGAAGAAAUACCGGCUGAUAUUGUUCAGCUUCUUGGUCUACAAUCUACAACGAUAGGAAAUAUUAAACAGUCUGUACCUCAGGCUGACAAUCAUAAUACUGAUCACCUUCCACAACUAGAUGGCUCUAAUGGUCAUUGUACAAAUGAAAAUCUUGAACAUAAUUAUUGCUCGACAUCAGACCCAACUAAUAUUGAUAAAACAUUAUCUCGAAUUCAGUCGUUCCUAAUGAAUACACGUGAACAACAGAUAUCAAUGUCUAUUCCUCAGCUCGAUGGUAUAUUUGAUUCUGUUAACGAACAUGUGGCACAGAAUGGUACCAAUCAAUCAGAAUCAAUUUACCAAAAUUCUUCAUUUAUUAAUGCUGAUAGCAUGCAUGGUAACAGUCAACACACAAACAUGGCGCAUGCUGGCGAUGGUUUUCAUGGUCAGCAACAUACAGAUCACGAAACAGCAAUAUCAAAUUCUCUUCCUGUGUCUGUUAGUACCAGCGAUAUACCUAAUUCAAAUGAAAAUGCAGCCAAUACAUCAGAACAAAAUGGUUGGCAUUUAGUGGGAAUGUUUAAAACGACAUCAACAAAUAUUACACAUUAUUAUGCUUUGCCAUCAAAUAUUGAUCUCGAUACAUAUGACUUGGAAAAUAUAGAGACGAACAAUUUAGCCAAACGUAUCGAACUUGAACCGGGUGCUAUUUAUAAACUUCGAGUUGCUGGAAUUAACGCUUGUGGUCGAGGUUCAUUUAGCGAUCCAUCAGCAUUCAAAACAUGUUUACCUGGCAGUCCUCCUGCUCCAUCCAAUAUAAAAAUUAGCAAAACGUUAGAUGGUGGUGCACAUUUAACAUGGGAUCCGCCUCAAAAUUCUUCAUCAAUGAUUACUGGUUAUGCUGUUUAUUUAGCCGUAAAAAAUCCAAAAGAUACUGAUAUGUCAUUUGCAUCACAAAAACAAACUCAAAUGGCUUUUGUACGUGUUUAUAGUGGAACAAGUCCGGACUGUUCCGUUCCCUCACAACAAUUAUUAACAGCACAUUUAGAUUCGAGUUCAAGUUCAAAGCCAGCUAUUAUAUUUCGUAUAGCAGCUCGAAAUGAAAAAGGUUAUGGACCAGCUACUCAAGUCCGAUGGUUACAAGAUCAAAAAGAUAAUUCAUCAAACAUUAAUAACCUUUUAUCACCUUCUGUAUCAGUCACCGGUGGACAAGCAAUUAAUUUUAAUCAUUUAGUGGGUGCUCCAACUACUUCACAGUCAACAGGAGGGGCUGGUUCAUUAAAACGAACUUCGUCUAGUUCAUUACAAACAAAUGGUGCAAAAAAAUUACGUGGUGGAGAUACAUGA